GGGGUAGGGCGGUGAUCAGAAUGCUGGUAUGGGGUAUGGCGGUGAUCAGAAUGCUGGUGUGGGGUAUGGCGGUGAUCAGAAUGCUGGUGUGGGGUAGGACGGUGAUCAGAAUGCUGGUAUGAGGUAUGGCGGUGAUCAGAAUGCUGGUAUGGGGUAGAGCGGUGAUCAGAAUGCUGGUAUGGGGUAUGGCGGUGAUCAGAAUGCUGGUAUGGGGUAUGGCGGUGAUCAGAAUGCUGGUAUGGGGUAUGGCGUGAUCAGGGUGAUGGUUUGGGGUAUGGCGGUGAUCAGGACACUGGUAUGGGUAUGUCGGUGAUCAGGAUGCUGGUAUGGGGUAUGGUGGUGAUCAGAAUGCUGGUAUGGGGUAUGGCGGUGAUCAAGUUGCUGGUAUGGGGUAUGGUGGUGAUCAGAAUGCUGGUAUGGGGUAUGGCGGUGAUCAGAAUGCUGGUGUGGGGUAUGGCGGUGAUCAGAAUGCUGGUAUGGGGUAGGGCGGUGAUCAGAAUGCUGGUAUGGGGUAUGGCGGUGAUCAGAAUGCUGGUAUGGGGUAUGGCGGUGAUCAGAAUGCUGGUAUGGGGUAGGGCGGUGAUCAGAAUGCUGGUAUGGGGUAUGGCGGUGAUCAGAAUGCUGGUAUGGGGUAUGGCGGUG